AUGACACCAGUUACUCGACAAGAAGUUCUUGGCCUUUACCGCAAGAUAUUCCGAAUAGCCAAAAAAUGGCAAUCGGCAUCAGGACAGAUAGAAGAAACUAUUAAAGAGAAAGAGUACAUUAAAAAUGAGGCCAAAACAUUAUUCCGAAAAAACAAAAACGUAAUGGAUCCAAAGUUGAUUAAGCAGUGUAUAGAAGAAUGUGAGGCAAGAAUAGAAAUUGGACUUCACUAUAACAUCCCCUACCCAAGACCUAUCCAUCUGCCUCCUAUGGGUCUUGCCCGUAAACAAGGCCGUAUGUUGCGACACCAAGAAAAGCUAAGGAAGAUUUCUAAGCCAAUAUACUUGAAAUCCCAUGAUGAAGUUUCAUAACCUGUCAUUUAAGCUGUGG